AUUGUCACCAGCGUAGUAUGCUCUCCAUGGUAACCAAGAACAAGAAGUAAACAAUGGUUGCAGUUGUUUUUGGUGGAGCGAAGCUGAUUUCUUUGGACUGCAAUGCGUUAAGUACUGCUUGAUUCUGUUAUUUUUGCGGUGCGAGUCCAUACUGGACAUUCUUUAGGGAAUGGAGUUUUCAAGGGAAGAGCUGUGUGCACAAGAAACAAGUGCCACAACAAUAACUGACACUUCGGAAACAUAUCAGAUUCGUCCGGAUCUUGACUAUAAGUUCAAGACAACAAUGGUGAAAGAAAUGAUCCAUAGUGUCCUCAAUGAUGAAUUAGGAGGCAAAACUUACAACAAAGAUGAAGCUGAAGUCUGGAUAAAAGUUAUUGCCAACACUCUACGUGGCAAAGUAAGAGAGAUGCCAUUCAAAAAGUACAAAUAUAUUGUGCAAGUGGUUAUUUGUGAGCAGCAUGGAGCUGGUGUGAAAAUUGGUGCAAGAUGUUUAUGGGAUGCAGAUGCAGACAACUAUGCUUGUGAUACAUUUAUUAAUGACACUAUAGUUUGUAUGGCAGUAAUAUUUGCAGUGUAUUUCUAUUGAUUACUUACUGCACAAAAACUUUGGUAAGCUGUGUGCAUACAGUCUAUUGUUUAUACUCAUUUUCUUUUGUGCUGACGAUUUAUUUGAUCUGUUUAUAUGUUGAAAAGUGAAGAUAUUAUGGUGCGUUGCACAGUUACAUCCAUAGGAUGAAGUUGAAUGUGUGAAAUAAACUUGUAGGCAUAAUUUAUUUCAUAAAAAUUGGUUCUGAUGUUCUGUAUCAUGAAUUAAUGUGCUGACCUAAAUUAUAUUGCUAUUU